AGCCGCCAAGUGAGCGUGAGUUUGUGGCUGGCGUGGUUUUGCUCGAGAAGCGAUCGAUUCCACAGAGCUGCGCUCGUUUUCUCUCGCUUUCCUCGCACGGAGCGUAUUGUCGGACGCGUGGCUGUGUAGAGACGGUGAGAGGCGGUGAAUCGAUCAUCCUCCCUCAUUUUGCUGAGUAACUUCAGUACGAGACAAAUUAAGUUCGGAACGUAAGAUGAUUGGAAGAUAGAGUGAGAAGAGAACGGGACGGACGGUAGCUGUGUAAGGUGCACCCACGUGAUGAUUGGUGGUGCCGCGCGAAGGUGUCGAUUCGAUACGAAGUGAGAGCGAGAUUCUGCGUCAGUGAUAGGAGCUCGUAGCACAGGAGCGCGCGUGAGAGAGAGAGAGAAAGAAAGAGUGACAGGAGAAGAGAGGAAAGGAAAAGAGAAAGAGAGAAAGAGAACGAGAGGGAGAGAGAGAGAAAGGGACCGAUCGAUGUUCACGUGACAAUCAACAACGAAGUGAAGUUGCCGCGAAAGGGUGCGCGAACAACGGCCAUAUUCAAGGCGAGUCCUGCCGUCGCCCUGUCGCAACGUCGUCCCCCCCACCCCUUCCCCCGGGUAGGCGCAGGGUCGCAAAAACAGUCCCAAGAUCAGCCACCGGAACAAGUAAAAGAGGGCGAGGUGGUACGAAGACGACGUGAACGAGGAAGAGCCACGGCCUGAGGAGUGACGAGCAGUGACAGCGGCGGCCCCGCCAUCAUCAUCUCGUCGAGAUGGAGUUCAAGUUCAACGUAAAUAAACUCCUGCCCAGAAAGAUCAACAAGGUCACGCACAACCUGGUGCCGGAAGACUUCAGAGGCGAUCGCCGCGAGCUGAACGAAUGUCAGAGACUGUUGAGCAGAAUAUUAGACGAUAUGGGCGAGGCAUCGGCAAGAGCUCAAGGACUCAACAAACCUAUUACUAGCGCCCUUAAACUUCGGGAUACGGAUCACACGAUUUAUUUGCUCGUAGAUAAUGAGGCAAACCAUGGACUCGGUAGUGUAGUGGGAUUACUAAAAACGGGAUCGAAAAAUUUAUUUCUGUUCGACGAAAUGGGAGAACAUUAUCAACUUCAAGCAAGAUGCAUCCUGGAUUUCUAUGUGCACGAGUCGCGACAACGUAUGGGCCUGGGCAAUAUUCUUUAUCAGCAUAUGUUAUCUGAGGAGAACAUUAAACCAGUGAAAUUGGCGAUUGAUCGACCAUCGGAGAAAUUUUUAGCUUUUCUACGCAAAUACUACGGAUUGUCGAAAAUUAUCCCACAGAAUAAUAAAUUUGUCGUUUUUGAAGGAUUCUUCGAUGACGAGAGUCGAGAUGUGAGGAGUAACAGAUACAGCUUACCUCCAAGAAUGAGUUUGGAUGACGGCAGUAUACCGGGCAGUAACGAUAAUAACGGAAGGAACGGUGCUAGUCUCAACGGGGUACCGUACGUGGCAUCCGUUUCGCGUAGCUCAUUCGGUAGAUACGCUGCGGCGCGACCGCCCUGCUCUAUGGCAAGUAUAAUCCAUAACACAGCGAUGCUUGGUCAAUCUGCCGAGCAUACCGGCAACGAUGACAGCGGCAAUACGUCGCCGCCUCUACCACUGAAACCGCCGGAGCGGCCGCGUUCCCUGAGUCUCUACUCCGAGGAGGAACAAAAGCAACGUAGCCUCGAGAUGAACACGGUCCCGACGCCCGUUGUGCCGGAUAAUCAAACCAAGCCUUUCGUCCCUGUUCUGCUAGAGGCCGAAAAAACGGAGAAAAAUAUGAAACCUUCGCCGUCGUGCGGCCAGGAAGUGGCCACCGGCACCAAUCAGCACGGUCAUUUGGAUCUCAAGUUUUAUCAUUCACCCUUGUGGUGAAACGAUCUGGCUGAUACGUAGUUACCUUCCUCGUUUUUUUAAGAGGAAUAGAACAGAGCGGAUUAUCUGAGUUAAUGUCAAACUUUAAUUUUCGUUUUCUAUCUCUGUAGACAAGUUAAAAAUUAAAAAACUUAGGAAAGAAAAGUACCUAGUCACUAUUAAUUCAUAGUUGAAGAAUUGUAAACGUAGACAAAUUUUAUAACUUUUUUUCUACUUCUUUAUAUCUCUAAUAUUAUAGCAGAGAUUUCAAUUUUUUUGUUGUUGUAAGAUUGCGGCGACAUAUCGUAAAUUGUGCAAGCGGAAUCUAACAAAUCUAACAAAAGUAAGACCACAUCAAUGUUUACGUUAAAUAAUAGUGUUAUAUUUAAUUUCUUACUGUCAUUUUAUUACUUUGAUAUAAAAAAAUAGAUGUGUUGCAGGAAAAAUCUAAAAAAAUUUUAAAUAAAGCUAUUGGAAAGAAAAAGAAUCCUACAUCUUACGAUUUACCGAAAAUUAAGAAAGUGUUUUUAUAAAUUUUUCUUUCUAAAAUAAAAAAUUUAUUUUAAAUUUAUUCAUUUUGCAUGUAUAUCAGAAUUUAUUGUAUACGACAGACGAAUUGUAUACGUAUAUAUUCAUAUCCUUGUUCAAGAAUUAAAUCAACAAGUAUCAUGCACUUAAAAAGUUUAGUACCGAAUUGAUCAAUUGCAUUAUCUAUUCACAAAUAAAAACGAUAUUACGGAAAGUUUAAAAUAUAUAUUUUAUCGUAAAAAAAUCUCAAUAUGCAACUUUUGUUUUUGAGAUGAGAUAAACAAUAGUUAUUACAAAUUUUUUGUCUUUGCUCUUAUGAAACUUGGCAUCUGCGUUUUUUUAUUUAUAGCAGAAUACUGCGUGCGUAUAUAUUGUUUGUGUAUGUGUGUGUGUUUCGGCAAUUCUGAUAUAUAAUUUUUCGUAUUCAGUAAUAAUUUUAUAAAUUGCCUAUUAAUAUAAUUUAUUUGUGUAUUUAAUAAGGAAAAAAAAACGAAAAACGCGUAGUGCUUUUUCCGUAUUUUAUCUUUGAAUUUGACGAUCGAUUGAUAUAUGCACGUAACGUAUAAGAAAUAAUGAAAACCGCUUGUACAUUUGUACACGAAUUCAUGUAGACACCCCUAGAAACGCAUGAUAAUUAGUUUAGGCAUCACAUAUUGGAAACGUAUAAGUAGACUUGAGACAAACUCAUAGUAUCUUGGCAAAUGUUUUUUCAUUAUUAGUUAAAGACUGUUCAUGUAAAAUCGUACCAAUAUCAUCAUAGAUUAUCACGUGUAGAUGUAUAGACAUCAAGAUGGUCAUUAACAUUUCAGGAUGUACAAUCCGAGUAGCGGGGCAUUCUGCAGAGACUAUAAGGACUACAGUUAAAGAAAUGGAUCGAUAUCAAUAAUAUUAAUAAAUUAUUUGCUCUAAGCUAUCAUUGUCAACGCUGAAUGUUAUCGUAACUCGCGAGUCGUUAUCCUACACGUAAUGCGAUAUAGUCUCUGGCUAAUAUGUGAAGUUAUGUAGCUUGGGAAAAAUUGAACAUUCACACAUCUGUCGUUUCAACUAUAAGAAUUUUAUAUAAUCCAUUUGCAGAGAACUAUAUAUGUAAGACGUACUUGUAACGAGAACAAAAAGAAAGAAUUACAAAUACGUGAACAUUAAGGAUAUGAGAAUGUGAUGUGUUUUGUUAAUCAAGAAGAAAAUAAACGUAUAAAGUUACAAAAAU